AUGGAUUGGAUUAAGAUAUUGACAUAUGCCACUCAUUUAUUCAGUUAUUCCUUCAAUAUUAUUCUUUUAUAUGUAGUGGCUAAAAAUAGUAAAGUAAUAAAAACUAAAGGUUACAUAACUCAUAUGAUCUGGGUUGAACUGGUUCUGAACUUCUGCCAACAUUUUUCGGUCGAGUAUGUUCUUGAAGCAGAAGAUGAAUCAUCUCUUCAUUUUCUCGAAUCAGUCUGUGUUUUAUUUAUGACUCUUCAAAUGUGGACAGUCAACACAAUUCGAUAUAUUAUGACAUUUUUAAUGGCUGCCAAUCGAUUCGUGUGCAUUAUAAAUCCCAGAUUCAGUAAAUUUUUCGACUCUGAAACUGUUACAUUCUUUGGAGUUGGUAUUUGGAUACUGGCAUUUAUUGGUUCUUGGUAUCUCCUGCUUCUUGGCUGUUUUCCUCGUUUUGAUAGUGAAACAUUUGUUCUGGAUACUGAAUGCAACUACCUUAUAUGGCCAGACUUUGUAUACAAAUCCCACUAUCUUCUGAUUUUGACUUUGAUUUUAAAUGUAAUGAUUGUGGUUUAUGCAAAACUGCGGAGGAGUGGAGUUUUCAAAGUUGUCAUCGCCCGAGUGUCAGUAAUUGCUGCAAACCGUCGUUCACGCCACGAAACAAUGUUCAUAAUUCAAUCUCUAAUUGUAUUCAUCUUUAUGGCAUAUGACGCUGUCUAUACAUCUCUUCGAAAGAUUUAUGAGCCUCAGUUCAACCAACUUCCAAAUAACUUUCAAAUCUUUCUCGGUUGGCUUAACAUUUUUUCUGCGAAUUACAUCAACUUCUUGAUAUAUUUUCUUUUUCAUAAAUCUAAUCGUUUACUUGUUCUUCGAACCAUUUUUUGUGAUCCUAAAUGGUUAAAAAACAUCAAAGUCCGCCCUUCAUAA